AUGUUUUUCAUGUCAGAGUUUCCAAAUUUUAUUUUCAAGGCUUUGGUCCCCGAGCUGCGGAAGACAAGCCUGGCGAAAGAAGACUACUGCGCACGCGCCAUUUUAAAUGGACCAAUAGAGAAACAGAAGCAAAAUGAACUGCGCUUGCGCGUUUCGCAGGGAAAGAUGGCGGAUAUUCAGGUGACGACAGUCAGCCAAGAUGCUCUGUCUGUUGGACAAUUGGAGCUAGGGGGUAAUCCAAAUGCCUUAUCACUACGUAGGCCGUUUGAUCCAGUGGCACAUGAUCUUGAGCCUACUUUCCGCUUAACGCGGUUCGCGGACCUAAAAGGAUGA